AUGCCUUCCGGCCCGGCCCGGGGCCCCGCGCCUUCCGGCCCGGCCCGAGAAGCCCGCAUGCCUUCGGCCCAGCCCGAGGGGCCCGCAUGCCCGCCCGCCGGGGGGGCCGCGUGCUUCCGGCCCACCGAGGGAGGCCCGCCUGCCUUCCAGCCCAGCCCGGGGGCCCGCAUGCCCCUUCGGCCCAGCCCGAGGGCCCUACACUGCCCCCGGCCCAGCCGAGGAGCCCUCCUGUCCCCAGGCCCAGCCGAGGGCUCCUGUACCGGGGCCCCUCCCCGGCCGCCGGGGCCCUCCUGUCCUCCGGCCCGGCUCGGGGAGUCCGUCUGCCUGGGCGCCUUUCUCGGCUCCACCCGAAUGGGCGGCGCCCGAGGUGGAGCAGGGUCCGCAUCACUGCACGGAGCCACCUCCCGGGAUAGGCUGCACUGCAGCUUCCCCAAUGCACCAUCCACCCACGACCAGCAGGUGAUUGACCCAAAACCUGACCACCACAAGGACGUGAUCGGCAUCCUCCCAGGGGUAUGA